GAAAUAUCGGUUCGCAGUGGCCUAGAGAGCGCCACGGUGAAAGAGGGCUCGGGUGAUUUUUCAUCACUCUUGGCACUGCAGUUGGCAGUGAUUUUCUUAAUAACUUGACGAGUGCGCGUUCGCAUUAUUCAAACUAUUCCAGCCAAGAUGUCGAUGAUCAAGAGAGAAAGUAACAGGCCCUCCUCGGCAUGCACGUUAAUGCCCCACUUUUUAAACCCGUCAGAGCCAUUGAUGAACGACGAGAUCUUGUCUCUCAUCCACACCGUCUGUCACCUGGAGGGUUAUUCGACAGAUUACGAAUGGCUGGUAACAUUCGGCCGUCAACGACUGAUCUAUUUACUGCUGGACAAAGGUUGUCGUGCAACUAAGCACGGAGCUAAAAAUCCAGCGCUGCGCUCCUGCAUCGAUGCUUUACCUUGGAGCCAUACGAUCGAGGAGCUGGCGACUCUCGGCGCAAAAAUUACCGAUGUUAAUUGCCAUGGCGACACGACUCUGCAUCUCGCUUACACCAAAGUUAAGGUGCGUGACCAAUAUUUCUACUGGAUGCUGGAGCACUAUCUUGAUAAUGCCACGGAGAACAUGCAGAAUAAUGAUGGGCUGAGUUUGCUGCACAUUGCCUGUGCUGAAGCCUCGCCCGACAGGGUUGCACAACUGCUCGAACAAUUUCCCAGCGACAUCAAUCAACAGAUUGCACUGGAUCGCGAACUGCAGUAUUCUGGAUACACGCCUUUACACUUAGCGGUGCAAUUCGGCAGGUACGAGAUUGUUGACUUGCUGCUACGAAACAAUGCUGAUUUUAAUGUCAGAUCUUCAAUGGAAAUGACUCCCGUGCACCUUGCUCUCUACAUUUCCACGAGGUCUGAUAAAACUGUUAUGUUUGAGAUCAUUGAUCUUCUUUUAUCCUAUGAUAAGGAUCACGAGAAUUGUGUAGACAGAUUUGGACUCAGCCAUCUAAUGGUCGCCAGUGCGGCUCACAAUGCGAACGCCAUUGAGAAAAUCGUAGGUACAGAGUCCAGACGUAAUCUAGAUUUACCAACGUUGAUCAAAUUUCGCCCGAUGGACACGAUAACUAAUCCAUUCGGCGGAUUCAGUACCCAAAAUUUCAUUAAAUACCGAUACUCUUCAUUGGCUACUGAGCUAGAGAAGCUCAAUGAUCCAGAUAUGUGCACCUGUUCAUUUUUAAAUCCGAAUGAGCAAUCAUAACAUUGUAUUACGUCUCUUGCAGCAUUAUUCUGUAUCUAAUUUGUAAUAUUUGACGUAUUAGUAAUUGUAUGUAAAUAAUAUUUUAUAGAUUGACGGUAUAGGAAUUAAUUUUAUUGUGAAAUAAAAUUAAUGUUAAUUUAUAGAAUUACGACAAUUUGAGAAUAUAUUUUAUUGUAAUAUAAAUUGAAUGUCAAUUCAUAGACCGACAAUUUAGGAAUCAGGUCUAUUGCGAAUUAAAAUAAUGUAAUUUAAUUUAGACUGACGGUUUUGAAAUAAGUUUUAUUGUGAAAUAAAAUAAGGCAAAUGUGUAGACUGACAGUUCGGGAAUAAGUUUUAUUAUAAAAUAAAAUAAAU